GCUGCCACAAAUGACGAUGGACUGCCGCAUGUUGUUACAGAUCAACCAGAAGGCCUAGGGAUGUUUGCAGAGACAUCGCAGCUGAAUGAAGUGAUGGCCAAUGAAGGAGCAUGGAAGCGCUUGAACCCUGCUCUGCAUUGUGGUCAAACCAAGAUGAAGUUCAAAGCCAUGGGACCUGGAGCUGCUGAUUUACAACUCGACAUUGGAAAUGAACAUCCACUUCCUCUGACCCAAUUGCCUGAAAGCUGCGGCCACUCGCUGCAGCAGAGCACUUUGGGUCUUGUUUUGGUUGCUCCCUAUGAUGGCUGCAAUGUGAUACAAGAGAAUGGAGACUAUGUGGUCUCAAUGAUGUGGCUAGAGGCUGAAGUAAAAUUGACCUGCCCCAUUUUGCAAAGUCCUGAUGCAACGCCUGCUCAGCAUUCCUGGAAACGUCCUGUACCUCACAGGCCCUCAAGCUUUUAUCGUCCUAAACGACAUGUGACUCAUCCCAUUUCCAUCUAUGAUCCUCUCAGUGCAUAUCUCUAUUGGUACUACUCAUAUUUGAAUCAAGACCAAGCCAUGGCACCUACUACAACUACUGCUGAGCCGGACACAACCACAACAUCCAAACCGACUACGGAGGAACCUCAACACCCUCCUGUAUACCCUCCCUAUAUGUAUUACCCUUACUGGUCCUCUCCUUACUACUAUUACUACCCUCACCCUGAGAGUACAGCUGCCACCCCUGCGCCUGCCACCACGGCACCUGCCACCACGGCCGACACGACAAUGGCUGAAACGACUCAAAAACCAAUGGAUCCCCAUUACCCAAUAUAUUAUCCUUACCAUCCUCCAGGACAGCAUUUGCCGAUAUUUCCUGACAACGCUGAUAUUUACUACCACCCUAUCAUACAGCAUAUCUAUGGAAGUCAUCCAUACCAUAGCCAUCUAAUGCAGACAACUACACAGCCUCCUACUUCCUCCACUAACCCGUGCACAACUAACCCAAGUGGCACAACUAACCCAAGUGGCACAACUAACCCAAGUGGCACAACUAACCCAAGUGGCACAACUAACCCAAGUGGGACAAGCCCUACAGCAGCGCCAACAACUGCUUCUACUACAAAAACGACUAAACCAUGUUCCAAACCACCAACCAGCAGCGGCAGCUAUCCAGGCCAAUUAAAUCCAUUUGUUAGCUACGACGAGAGCCCCUUUGCUCCCGUCAUUUCAUAUGCCUACAAUAAGGCUGGCAAACUCCCAGACUACCAAAAAUACAUGCCUCAAAAUAUUUACAAAUCUGGACCCCAGGCUCGAGCACACUCGGGCCUGGCGAGCUGUGCCAUGGCUUUUCCCUCAACUGGGAGAGGCAUUCCUCAAAUUGACUGGGAAAAUCUGCAACUUAAAUAG